CAGUUGAUUUGAAACCCGUUAAAGUCAGUACCCGUUUUAAAGGACUGCCGAACCUAACUGCAUAAAAUCCACCGAUUGAUGCCCUAAUCAUUGUUGGAGAUUUCAAUUUGAAAUUCGCUCUUCUAUCGCACUUUCUUCUCCAGUAGAAUCAACACAAAUGCAGGUUGAAAAGUGGAAGUUGGAAUAAAUAGAAAAUGAACAACUCUUCUAUAGGGCCAUCGACAAAAGCUAGAGUAGGAGCAUCGCAACCAUCAGAAAGUUCAUUAAAAAGAAAACGUGGCAUGUUUCAGAAAGACCUGCAACACAUGAUGUAUGGGUUUGGAGAUGAUAGUAAUCCGCUUCCAGAGACUGUGGCACUUGUGGAGGACAUCGUUGUGGAUUAUGUCACUGAUAUGGUGCACAAAGCUCAAGACAUUGCAACCAAAAGGGGGAAGCUUUUGACAGAGGACUUUCUGUUCUUAAUCAGAAAGGACUUGCCCAAACUUAACCGGUGUACAGAAUUAUUGUCCAUGAAUGAGGAGCUGAAACAAGCUCGGAAGGCUUUUGAGGUUGACGAAGAGAAAUUAGCUACACUUGAGUGAUGGGGAGAAUAUAAAGUUAUGAUCUUACUUCAGAAUGCCAAAUUGAGUGGCACCUUAGGGACCAGUGUAUACAAUCUGCUCCUCAUUUGCCAAAACAGAAGAGUUAAUAGCUGCUGUCCGCAGUUUUCUCCAGCCUAAUCAAAUGACUGUGUCACCUUGUAUCUGUGCUUAGAGUUACCUAGUCUUUGUUCUAGUUAACCUGUCUUUGAACAUGCUUUUUUCUCUCUGUCCCCAGUUCCCAACAUACACCUGUGUACAGUUGAUAUCCUGCUUCUGCUCAGUGUGCAGUUUCUUGGGGAUUUUUAUCAGAAAAAAAACACUGGGCAUCGAGCUAAUUGGAAUGUUCUGCCUGCUUCAUUAGAUCCUCCUCAAUGAUGAAAUCAGUUUCUUAAGUGCUCUUUUGAUGCAUUGAAUCCACCCUCAUGUACUUGAAGAAUUCGAUCCAAGGGCAGCUGAUAUGUCAUCUAUCUACUUUUUUUCCCCGUAGAUAAUGCCAUCUAUCUACUUAACACAAGUUGCCGUUCAAUUAGAUUGGUUUAAAUCUGUUUAAUACGCUAGAGAACCUACAAAGAUUUGUAUUUUUUACAAAAUCCGUAACGUUAAGCAUUUCAAUUCUUCAAAACUUUCA